GCCAUGGCUACUCUGGCGGCCAUCUCCUCCGUGUCUUAUGACACAGACACCGAUUCCGACUCCUCGCGGUUACUCUCUCUCUCUAAUUUCCCCGUCCAACCCCAAGUUCAAUCUACUCCAUGGGAGACGAUCGAUUUGGUUCCCUUCUCUCUCUCUUUCGGGGUGCUCGCCAGAAUGGGGAUCGCAUUUCUGCUAGCGCGCGCUGUUGCUGUUGUGGGGAAUGAUUUUGCUCUUUCCUUGUUGCAGGUGCAGCGAGGCAAGCACAUGGGAUUCUCAAGUGUUAAGCAGGCAUGCUGAAUGUCUGGAGCUGGAGGAGUUGACUGCAAUAUCAGUCAAUCCCAGUCUGCUUCCAGCUUUGAAUCAGUUGCUUCUCGAGGCGUAUGCCAUUCUACGUCCCAAGCCGCUUGACUAUGACCAGCGCAACACCUUGGUUGAUGUCUUCAGGAAGAUGGUGAAUCAAAGAUUUGCCUAGAUGUAAACCAGGAUUCCUACAGCUCAUCGUAAACAGGAGAGUAGGCCUCAUAUGCAGCAGCAGCAACAGCAACCAGAACGCUAUUCUGUAACAGCUGGUGGACUUGCACGUAGCAACAGUGGGUCUCCGGUUGUGGAACCAUUUGGAUCAUUCACGAUGGAUUUAUUUACUCCUCACAGUGACCUGGACCUCUCUAUCAAUUUUAGUGCUAAUACUGAUGAGCAAUAUACUCGCAAGCAAAUGAUCUCUAUUAUCAAGAAAUUUUCCAAGGUUCUAUUUUCUUAUCAGAGGAGUGGAAUUUUCUGUGGGGUUUUACCUAUUGUAAGUGCUAGGGUGCCUAUACUGAAGGUUAUUGAUCGUGGCACAGGGGUCGAAUGUGAUAUUUCGGUUGAAAACAAAGAUGGCAUGACAAGGUCAAUGAUCAUUAAAUUUGUUUCCUCACUUGAUGAAAGGUUUCAGAUACUAAGUUACUUGGUUAAGUUCUGGGCUAAGGUACAUGAUCUGAAUACCCCAAGACAACUAACUAUGAGCUCCAUGUCAAUUAUUUCACUAGUUGCUUUCCAUUUGCAGACCCGGCAUCCUCCAAUAUUGCCUGCGUUCUCUGACUUGUUAAAAGAUGGGUUAGAUUGCGAAAGCAUUGAGAGGAAUGCUUUACGGUUUAGGGAUUUUGGGAGUAGAAAUAAAGAAUCUGUCGCUGAACUGUUUGUAUCAUUGAUAAGUAAAAUUGUUCCUGCUCCUCCGCUGCACAUUCUGAAAAGAACUACCAUUUCUAAGCCCCAUAAGGCUGCAGAGCUAUUGUCAGCAGAGAGUUUAUGGGAGCAUGGGCUGUGCGCAAGCAAUUUUGAAGCGUCAUGGAUCUCAAAGACCUGGAAGAAAGGAGUAGGCAAUUUAAGUGUUGAAGAUUUCUUGGACCGGUCGCAAAAUUUUGCAAGGUCAGUGGGAAAGGUGCAGAUGCAGAAGAUUUGCAAAUGCCUUAGAGAAUGUGCUUUGAAUUUGUUAGAUUUCAUGAGAGGGAAAAUGGACACAACGAAGCUGAAGACCCUUUUAUUUGGGCGGCUUAGCCCAGACGAAUUAGUCAGCAAACCUCGUCUGAAGCAUGUCAAGAGAAAAAGGAAUUGGGAACGGACCCCGCAAGGGGGAAGAUGUGUGCUCCAGAAGAGUGCAAAGCAUGCUGGUAGUGCUACUGGCAGUGAUUCAUUACCCACUCCUAACAAGGUCUUGCAUCAUGCACUCCAUUAUCGAGUUGCUGGCCAUCAGUCUAGCAUUCAUCAGUUUGUGCCCAUUAUUCGAUGGCCACGAAUCAUUCCUUCUGGUUUUGGCUAUGGAUUAUCGCUUGGGAUUCCAUCAGUUGCUCCUCACCUUGGCAAGGGAAUACUGGGCAAGCCACCAAUCAUUCCUUCUGGUUUUGGCUACGGAUUGUCGCUUGAGAUUCCAUCAGUUGCUCCUCACCUUGGUAACGGAAUACUGGGCAAGCCACCAAGUAAUAUAACACCCUUAGAUCAACGGAGCUCAACUCAACUAGUGCACGUACGGAAUCCACACCAGCAUACAUGUCAGCAAUCAUGUGGCGGAGCUAUGGAGCCGAGCAGCUCCGGCGUGGCUUAAUGAUAAGGUCCGGUGAUGAGCAGCUCUAGUAGCGGUUAGGAGUUUGAGGUUAGAUUUAGGGUGUGUUUGGUUUGACUUUUGGCUUUGGCUUUUGCCCCCUAAAAGUUAAAAGCCAACCAAAGGGCUGGAUACAGGAAGCAGCUUUUUUCUAAAAGCCGACUUUCUCGUAGUGUAAAUCUGAAAGCACCCCUGAACCUGCUUUUAGUGGCUUUUCGGAUGGAACUAUGAAAACAUAUAUCGAAGAAUUUUUAACGACUUUUAGUGGUUUUCACUAAACGGUUUUUAGAUUUUUUAACAGCUUACAACCUACAACAGCUUUUUACACA